CUGGGGGGUUCCCGCCGGGAGUGAUGAUCGACCCCGAGUCCCAUCUCCAGCAGAACCACCAGAACCAGCUCCAUCACAGCUCCCCCAACGUCGGCUCCCUCCCGCCCAAAGGCGCCCAGCAGGCCCCGGACAUGGCGGCGGCGUACUGCGACAGUUUCAGCGGCAUGUACCACCAUCACCACCACCACCACCAUCACCAGCAGCAGCAGCAGCAGACCCUACAGACCUCCACCCACCGGGCGGCCGGCUUCGGCCUCGGGGAGUACGCGUCCCCGUCUAGUCCUUACCUGUGGGGCGUCAACCCCGCCUCGUCUUACCUGCACGCCGGUAGUCCCGCCGCGCCCUUCACUCCGCCCUCGUACGGCUCGCAGCGGCAGUUCCUGGCCGCCGGCUCAGCCGCCUUCGGCGGCCCGGAGCUGGGCUGGCUGUCGGUGGCGAGCCAGGAGGAGCUGCUCAAGCUGGUCCGGCCUCCGUACUCGUACUCGGCGCUCAUCGCCAUGGCCAUCCAGAACGCGCAGGACAAGAAGCUGACCCUGAGUCAGAUCUACCAGUACGUGGCGGACAACUUCCCCUUCUACAAGAAGAGCAAAGCCGGCUGGCAGAACUCCAUCCGGCACAACCUGUCACUCAACGACUGCUUCAAGAAGGUUCCCCGGGACGAGGACGACCCUGGAAAAGGAAACUAUUGGACGCUGGACCCCAACUGUGAGAAGAUGUUUGACAAUGGAAACUUCCGCCGGAAGAGGAAGAGAAGGUCUGAUGCCAGCGGGUCUGCAGGGGUCACCAAGGUGGAGGACAGCGGCUUGGCGAUGGGCUCCACGCCCAAGCCCGCUGACAGCCCCCCGCCGCUGGGGCCGCCCUCGCCGGACAUGGAGGCCCUGGGCGAGAACCUGAAGACGCCGUCGCCGUGUUUCAACAGCUUUUACAGCAGCAUGUCCUCGCUGGGCUCAGGGGGCCCAAACCGGCAGGGGCCCCUGGGACUGCUUAACGAGUUGUCCAACAGGAACAUUACGGCCCUGGGCGGCGCCUACCACGGCGGGCCGGACACGGGGACGCCCGAACAUCCCGGCGACGGCCUGCAUUUCAACCGGGGAGUUUACUACAACACCUUUGCAGGGGGGCAGGGCGGACAGUUGGGCGGCCAUUUGUACAACAGCUUCAGCGUCAACAGCCUCAUUUACCCCCGCGACGGCUCCGAGCUAUAGGGGUCAGCGAGGUCGCCUGCUCCCUGGACACUUCAUUAGGCACACCGGCACCAAUCACAACGAUGUUUCAGCGAUAUGUUUGUUGUUUGUGUUUGUCACAUGUUGGUGGCCUUAUUGAGCGAAAAUAUUCCACACAGUAAUAAUAAUGUUCAGCGAACACUGUCUUGCGCUGGUGCAGGUGUCCCUAAUGAAGUGUCCAGGAAGUGUUUGAGCUUUAUUACUUAGUGACCACGCCAACCAGCACUUAUCUCGUUCAUAUAUGAUGUUGUUGGGGUUUUUUUUACUCACAGUUUCCUUUUCAAACCCGUGUUGUCUCCUUGACAGCAGUAGAUAUAUAUAUACUUUCAGUAUCUUACCAAAUGUUUUUAUGGCAUGUGUUGCUUUGUGGCGGCCAAAACAAAGCGAAACGACAAGUUCAAACCUGCCAAAGUUGCCUUUUUUUGAAGGAAGGGAGGGUGCCUCACGUUACCUCACAAAGACGUCACCUGUCAGAUUCUCGUGCAGUAAACACAACUUGACUGAAAGGACAGCAC